AUGGGCAAAGACUACUACCAGGUCUUAGGGCUGUCGAAGUCGGCCACUGAGGAGGACGUGAAGAAGGCGUACAGACGACUGGCCCUUCAGUACCAUCCCGACAAGAAUAAGAGUGCCGGCGCUGAAGACAAGUUCAAAGACAUCGCAGAGGCCUAUGAAGUGCUAUCCGACAAGAAGAAGAGAGACAUUUACGACCAGUUCGGCGAAGAGGGCCUCAAAGGCCAGCCGAGUGGAGGGUCGGGAGGUCCUGGAGGGACGGGAGGUGGCGGAGGGCCUCACUAUUCGUACACAUUUCAUGGCGACCCGAGACAGACGUUCAGUCAGUUCUUCGGAACCGAUAACCCAUUCGAGAUGUUCUUCAAUAUGGGAGGACUAGGAGGUCAUGGAGGCGGUGGUGGCGGUGGUGGUAGCCAUCAGUUCCAGUCGAGCGGUGGCUUCGAUGCCAUGGAUGUGGACAACGAGAUGUUUGGCUUCAUGUCUGGCCAACAGUCUGGUCCGCGCCAGCAGUUUAUGUCUCACCAGUCGUUUGGAGGGACGGGUGGUUCGCCGCGUAAGUCACGGGCCAAACAGGACCCACCCAUAGAGCACCAGCUGAUGGUCACUCUGGAGGAGGUGCUGAAGGGCUGCACGAAGAAGAUGAAGAUCACCCGCAAAGUGGUGAACAGCGACGGCAGGGGUGUCCGCAAAGAGGACAAAGUGCUGACCAUUAGUGUGAAGCCCGGAUGGAAGGCCGGCACGAAGAUUACGUUCCAACGAGAGGGAGACCACAACUCGGGAUCCAUUCCCGCGGACAUCGUCUUCGUCAUCAAAGACAAACCGCACCCACAGUUCAGACGCGACGGCACAGACAUCUCAUAUACGGCCAAAAUAUCGCUGAAGGACGCCCUCUGCGGCACUCAACUCACUGUUCCCACCCUUACUGGCGAGAGACUACCGGUGCGCUUGAAUGAUGUGAUCAAACCUUCCACUGUUCACCGAAUCCGCGGUCACGGACUCCCUAUGCCUAAAGAGCCUCAACGAAGAGGUGAUCUGUUAAUCAAUUUCGAGAUUAAAUUUCCCGAAGUAUUGACGGAUUCGACGAAACAAAUACUGAGAGAUAUUUUGCCAUAA